AUGACAAACUUCAAAUGUAUAUCUCUCCUUCUAGCGGUUGUGCUUGUAUCUUUAAUUCUUAAUCCUACGUUUGCACAUAAUCCUAAACAUAACCGUCCACCAAGAGACCCGAAAGAUUGUCCACCACCAAUACCAAAGAAACCGAAACCACCAAGAGACCCAAAAGAUUGUCCACCACCAAUACCAAAGGUCCCAAAACAACCGCCACCAGCACAAGACCCUCCACCACCACAAGACCCUCCGCCACCGCAAGAACCCAAACAAGACCCUCCACCACCUCAAGAACCCAAACAAGACCCUCCGCCCCCUCAAGAACCCAAACAAGACCCCCCGCCCCCAGAAGAACCCAAACAAGACCCCCCGCCACCAGAAGAACCCAAACAAGACCCCCCGCCACCAGAAGAACCCAAACAAGAGCCCCCGCCACCAAAAGAACCCACACAAGACCCUCCAGAAGAACCAAAAAUAGUCACACCACCAAACGGACCAGAAAAACCAACUCCAUUCCAUAACCUCUACAUAGGCUAUUUCUCUAUCGUCAUUGCUUUUGGAGAUUCAUAUACAGACACGGGAAAUGCUCAAUAUAUGGGUAGUAUCACUAUAACAACCACGGAAUCUUCGAGCUCACCAUAUGGCUCCACCACAUUCGGAAAGAAAUCCAACAGACUAAGCGAUGGACGUCUAGUUAUUGAUUUUAUAACCGACGCCCUAGGCUUGCCGACCUUACCUCCCUACAAAGAGACCAAAGCUAACUUCGAUAAUGGUGUAAACUUCGCCAUAGCCGGAGCCACGACUCUAGCCAAUGACCUUUUUUCCAAGUUGAAACGAAUUUUUCUAUGGAAAGGAACACCUCUCGGUAUAAUGACCGAGUUAGAUUGGUACAAAAAGUAUCAAAUAGACCAAUUAUGUAAGGGGCUUGACCAGAAAGCAUGUGCCGAAAAACUAAAAACUGUGUUAUUUUGGGUCGGGGAGAUUGGAAUCAACGACUUUUCGCGUGCGGUUGGAUCUAAGAUUCCGCUUUCAUCAAUCGCCAAGUCAUCGGUUACGUACACAGUUGAACUCGUUCGGACAUUAAUACGAAACGGCGCAAAGAAUAUAGUAGUUCAAGGUUUACCUCCGCUCGGUUGUCUUCCUCUAGACAUCUCGAUAACCCCGUUAAGUCUGCGCGACAGAUCGGGCUGUUCACAGAUCGUAAACGCAGCAGUAGUAAUCCACAACCAAAUCCUACAAGCCAAAUUAGAACUGUACAGAAAAUUGUUUCCGGAUGUUACAAUCAUAUACGCAGAUUCUUGGAAAGCAUUCUACGCGAUUAGAAACAACCCGCAAAAGUACAAAAUUCAAGAAGUCAAUAAAACUUGUUGCGGGUUUAAACAAGACGACAUGAACUUCAAUCUUCAAUCCUUAUGCGGGGCUUCGGGUACUUCCAUAUGCGAUGAUCCGAGCAAAUAUAUCAGUUGGGACGGGAUUCAUCCAACCGAAUCUAUGAAUUACCACAUGACCGAUCAAUACAUAAAUCACCAGUGUUGUAAUCCGCCGUUCCAGGAGCUCAUGAAGAAAAAAGCUCCAAAGUAA